AUGGACAAAGCAGCAUAUGAAGCUCUAUCACUUGUUCUUUCUUCAGAUCCCAAUGUAAGACUAGCGGCUGAAGCAAGGCUUAAAGAGUUAGAGAAACUUCCAGCAAUUAAUUUGAAAAAUUACAUUGAAACGCAUUGGUCACCUUCGAACAGUAAAUUCAUUGGCCCAGAACCAAAUUUCGAGAUAAAGGCUGUUGUACGUGAAUUAGCAUUUAACGGGCUAUCCGAUCCUUCAAGUAAAAUUCGUGUCGCAUCGGCAUACGUUGUGUCAAAGAUUGCUAACAACGAUUGGCCUGAGUAUUGGCCAAAUCUUUUGGAUUUAUUGGUGUCGCAAUUAAAAUCUGGUUCUCCGUAUCAAGUUCAUGGUUCUAUGAGGGUUCUGAAUGAAUUUUUUACAAAUGAUAUAACGGAACAACAAUUUUCUCAGGUAACUCCAUUAUUGCUGCCGGAGCUUUCAAGGAUUUUGCAAUCUGAAGGAAUUCAUUCCUACAAAACUCGUGGACGGGCCAUUACAAUAUUUAAACAAUGCAUAGAAAUAUUGGUUAUGCUUAAGGAAGAACAUCCAGAAGCAAUUGAGCCUUUUUUAAAGCCUAUAUUACCUGAAUGGUUGCAAGUUUUUUCAAAUAUUUUGAAGAAACGAACAAUUGAUAAUGAGGAAAUUGAGAAUGAAGAAUACGGAUUAAAACUGGAGAUUGUGAAGGUAAAAGAAACAACUUUUUUUAUUAUAAGGUUGUAA